AUGCUAACGCCACUCGCAACAAAAGAAGAAGAUGAAACUAAACUUUCAUCCGAGUACUAUUCUCCACACUACACACCUCAACAUCACCAUUACUAUUACCAUCCGAUUCCAUUCAAUGACGAUUCAAAUAAUCUUCAUCAUCCUCAAACUCCAAGUGUCUAUGAUCCAACUCAAUACUAUGCCUUAUCUCCUGGAUAUUCUCAAUCUCAAAGUACUGCACCUACGCGUCUUAACGAAGACGACCCAAACAAUCAAUUGUCUUCGACAAUCUAUAUGCCCAUUUAUCAUCAUCAUCAUCGGCAUCAAUACUCACCUGACGAAAUCAUAUAUCCACAGAAAUCAGUGGAUCAACAAUCAGCAUCGAUCUAUGAUUACAACAUCUCACCAAUCCCACCCAUACCACCGAAUCAAAUGUUUCAUCAGCAUCCAAAUUAUAUGCAAACACCUACAGAACAAACGCCUUGUAGUACCAGCAACAGUGGUGACUAUAUGACUCCCUAUUCACCGUUGAAUGGAGCUUGCCGGUCCGACUCAAUCAUUGUUGAGUUAGUCAAUCGGCCAUUAUGGUUACGGUUCGCUCCCCACACACUUGAGAAUAUUAUCACUAAAACUGGUCGUCGAAUGUUUCCAACUCUUGAAUACAAAGUCUACGGAUUGAAACCUGAAGCAACCUAUAAUAUGUACGUGGAUAUGAUUUUAGUUGAUGUGAAUCAUUGGAAAUUCAAUUCGGGUAAAUGGGUCCCAUCGGGCCAAGCUGAACAAUGUCAAAAAACAAAUCAUGUGUAUUUACAUCCCGAUUCACCCAACAGUGGUGCACAUUGGAUGCGAAAUGAGAAAAUUUCUUUUUCAAAACUAAAACUAACAAACAACAAACAAUUACCAACAGGGCAUCCACAAAAUCAAAUGACGUUGAUUCUCAAUUCUAUGCAUAAAUACAUGCCACGCUUGAAUAUCGUCGAGGUCAGUGGUCGUUCGUCUGAUCCAACUUCAUCAAACAAAUCGAAUUCGCCACCCAAACAUACUUUUACAUUUCCUGAAACACAAUUCAUCGCAGUUACUGCUUAUCAAAACACUGAUGUCACGCAAUUGAAAAUCGAUAACAAUCCAUUCGCUAAAGGCUUUCGCGACAGUUCCGACAAUCGUAGUACCUAUCAUUCAUAUUCGUACGGUUCUCCAUCGCCGCCUUACGGCUUGGUAAAUAGCGCACCAUUGGAUUACUAUGGCAAUGCUGCUUAUGAGCAUCAACAGGCAUAUAAAAAGAAACGACAUAAUUAA